AUGAGAGUACAAGGGGCUUGUUCUUCUGCUAGUUUCAAAAACACCAACGAUACCUUGAUGAAGAAGGAAGAGAAUGAAAUAUCCCCGGCAUCAAGUUGCACGAGCAAGCUGAGCAAGCAACCAUACAAUCUCAUAUUCAUAGAGACAAUAGCAUUCAACGGUUUCAACCCCAUUCCAACAACCCACAUCAUUGGAGUAAAAGAGCAUUCAACGUCGUCGUUCUUGUUCAACAAAAAAAGACAGAAAACGUGGUCGUUCGGUCGUUCCUAUGUCUCUACUUCCUCAGUCACAGUCACACCUUUCCACAAAGAACCGAGAGUGACCUUCCUCAAAGAACAGAACUCUCAGUCAAAGAAAAGAAGUCUCAGUCAGCCCUCUCAGACCCUCACGAUUACAACUAAUCGAAGAAUAAGCUCAUAUCUUGCUGCUGUCAUUGGAGGAACCUAUUACUUAGUUGCAACUUCUUCCUUUCAUUAUAUUCCUGGCUAUUACAUCACAGGGAAUCGAUGAGCUUGUUCAUUCCUAAUCUGGUUGUGCAGGCUUAAGGUUGCAGCUUCUUUGAGGGAGUGGGCACAUUUUCUGUCAAUUAUUGAAAUGGUUUUAAAACUUGAUUCGGAUGAUGUUGGAUGGGAGUUUGGAGAGUUAGUGAGUCUUGGAAAUAAAGAUAAGGUUAGGUGUAGAUUGUGCGGCAAAAUAGUCAGUGGCAUUACUAGGUUGAAGAAACAUGUUGCCAACAUUAGCGGUGUUGCAGCCCCAUGUACAAUGUCUUCAAAGGAGGAUAGAGAGAAGUGUAAGAAAGGUAUCAAGAAGAAAUCAAUUAAGAAACCAAAGAAGAAACCAUCAUAUGACGUUGAGAACAGGAUCAAGAAAUUGGAGGAUGAUGUAAAGAAAUUAGAGAGAAUUGUGGAGCAACAAAGGGUGUGAUCCAUAAUUUGAAAGCUAAAGUAAGGAGAUUGGAGAUGAGGGAAGAAGAGGGCGAGGGAGAGGAUGGAGAGGAGGGCCAUAGUGAGGACACUGAUGAAGACAGAGAAGAAGAAGAAGAACCCACAAUGAAGACAAGAAAAAGGAAGCAAAUAGGAGGAAAAAAUAAUGAAGAAGAAGAAGAUCAUCCACCAGAGC